GCCAUGCCUAUUGCCGUCCUCUUCGACCCUCCAACCAUCGUGUCAUCUCACUACAGACAUUGCUUCAGAGCAUGUCGAUGCGGAGGACAUUAUGGCAGACGCUCAUCCGUGCCAAUAAUGUCCUCAACCAUACCCGUGUCAUUAGUCGGCCAACAAAAUGUGAGCGAGCACAGCUGCGGCGAUACAACACUCUGACAGUCAAUGCUGCCGAUCUCUCCUUCGGACAGCCUGUCUCUGAGACCCAUCCACAUCUACUCCAGCCGGGGGAGCUGACUCCAGGUAUAACCGCGCAGGAGUAUGCCGACCGGCGCACGAGGCUCGCAGCCAAACUGCCCGACAAAGGCAUUGCCAUCAUCGCCUCCGCCGAUCUCCAGUUCCGGUCGGGCAGUGUCUUCUACGAGUUUCACCAAGAUCCUGACUUUCUCUACCUGACCGGCUUCAACGAACCCGAGGCGCUCGCCGUCAUCGGCAAAGACCCCACCGGCACGGACCACACAUUCCACCUGUUCGUGCGCGAAAAGGAUCCCAAGGCGGAGAUCUGGGAUGGCGCAAGAUCGGGCACACAGGCGGCAAAGGACGUCUUCAAUGCGGACGAGACGGGCGACAUCUCCAGGCUGAAGAAGAUCCUUCCGGACUUGGUAGGCGAAGCUUCGCAGGUGUACACGGACAUCACGAGUCCCGAUACCAACCGGUCGGCCCUCCAGCGGUUCCUCUUUGGAGCGUCCCGCAAGACGACCGAGUUCGCGGAGCUUAUCGAGUCGAGAAAAGUCCACCGGCUUCGACCGAUCAUGAACGACCUACGAGCCUUCAAGAGCGCAGCCGAGAUCGAGCUCCUGAGAAAGGCGGGAAGAGCAUCGGGACGAGCCCACACGGAAGCCAUGAGGAAGGCAUGGACGCGCGAGAAGCAGCUCGACGCGUACCUCCGCUAUCGCUUCAUCGCGAACGGGUGCGACACGAGCGCAUUUGAGCCUGUUGUGGCCGGUGGAAAGAAUGCACUGGGCAUCCACUACGUCCGCAACGACGAUGUCCUGCGGGACGAUGAGCUGGUUCUCGUGGACGGCGGUGGGAAGUAUGGUGGCUACAUCGCCGACAUCACGCGGACUUGGCCCGUGGGGGGGAAAUUCAGCGACACGCAGAGAGAUCUGUACCAAGCUGUGCUCACGGUCCAGAGGUCGUUGAUCUCUCUGUGCCGGGGCAGCGCCAAUAUGUCGCUGGACAAACUGCACAACAUCGCAGAAGAGUACCUCUCCAGCGAGCUGCGGCAGAUUGGCUUUGACGUCUCCUCCAAAGCCAUCGAGAGUCUCUUCCCGCACCACUUGAGCCAUUAUAUCGGCAUGGACGUGCAUGACACGGUGGGAUAUACGAGGAAAGUGGUACUGCAAGAGGGACACUGUAUUACCAUCGAGCCAGGGAUCUAUGUGCCGGACGACGAGCGGUGGCCGAAGCAUUUCCGGAACAUGGGAGUGCGGAUUGAAGACAGUGUCAGUGUACAGGAGGACAGCCCGUUUGUGCUGACGACCGAGGCGGUCAAAGAGAUUGUAGAUAUUGAAGCCUUGAGAGAUUAAGUGGACGUUGUCAGGCAUGUGUAUAGGGAGGCCUGGAAUAUCUCCUCUUCCUACUCCGUCUUGUGUACAUUGUUGUAUUGAUUGAGCAUUCCAUUUCCCAACAAUCAUGAUCGCACCCAUCAUGGAAACACAUAUCAG